AUGCUACACAGAAACAACUCCAAGCCAAAAAAAUUCGAAAACAUUGCUGGUCAGGCUGUACAUGACCUUGCAGGUUUGCAAUUGCUUUCUAAUAACGUUCAAAAAUCAGCUAUACAAAAGAAUCACCGAGGAACAACCAAAAUGGGAGAUACUGAGUCUGAGGGCAUGGCUAACAAGUAUUCAGUCCCUAAGAAGGGGCUUCCUGCCGAUUUAUCCUAUCAAUUGAUUCAUAACGAGCUGACACUGGACGGCAAUCCGCACUUGAACUUGGCCAGUUUCGUGAACACUUUUACUACUAAUCAGGCAAGGAAGUUGAUCGACGAGAACUUAACCAAAAAUUUGGCUGAUAAUGACGAAUAUCCGCAAUUGAUUGAGCUAACUCAGCGUUGUAUUUCCAUGCUAGCUCAGUUGUGGCAUGCAGAUCCUGACGAAGAACCAAUUGGAUGUGCCACUACGGGUUCAAGUGAAGCAAUCAUGCUUGGUGGGCUUGCCAUGAAGAAGAGAUGGGAACACAGAAUGAAGGAUGCUGGUAAAGAUUUUUCCAAGCCGAACAUUAUAAUGUCUUCUGCAUGCCAGGUAGCGCUGGAAAAAUUUACAAGAUACUUUGAGGUGGAAUGCAGAUUGAUCCCAGUCUCCCACAAAAGCCACCAUAUGCUCGACCCUGAGUCUUUAUGGGACUACGUGGACGAAAACACGAUUGGUUGUUUUGUUAUCCUAGGAACUACCUAUACUGGCCAUUUAGAAAAUGUGGAGAAAGUUUCUGAUGUAUUAUCCAAGAUCGAAGCAGGGCAUCCUGACUGGAGCAAUAUUGAUAUUCCAAUUCAUGCAGAUGGUGCCUCCGGUGGGUUUAUCAUUCCAUUUGGCUUUGAAAAAGAGCACAUGAAGGCCUAUGGUUUGGAGCGUUGGGGUUUCAAUCAUCCACGUGUGGUUAGUAUGAACACCAGCGGUCAUAAGUUUGGAUUAACUACCCCCGGCCUAGGCUGGGUCUUAUGGAGAGACGAGUCCUUGUUGGCCAAUGAAUUGAGAUUCAAACUGAAGUAUCUUGGUGGUGUAGAAGAGACUUUUGGUUUGAAUUUUUCAAGGCCUGGAUUCCAAGUGGUCCAUCAAUAUUUUAAUUUCGUUUCUCUUGGUCAUUCGGGCUAUAGAACACAGUUCCAGAACUCCUUAUUUGUGGCAAGAGCUUUUUCAUUCGAACUAUUGAAUUCUUCUAAGUUGCCUGGAUGUUUCGAAAUAGUUAGUAGCAUUCAUGAAAGCAUGGAGGAUGAUACCGCACCAAAAUCAAUUAAAGACUACUACGAGCACCCCCAAGCGUACAAGCCUGGGGUGCCGCUGGUGGCUUUCAAAUUGUCCAAAAAAUUCCAUGAAGAAUAUCCCGAAGUGCCACAGGCAAUUCUAUCCUCGUUGUUGAGAGCUAGAGGCUGGAUAAUACCAAACUAUCCAUUACCAAAGGCUACGGAUGGGUCGGAUGAGAAAGAAGUGUUGAGAGUGGUUUUCAGAUCGGAGAUGAAACUGGAUUUGGCGCAGCUCCUGAUUGUUGACAUUGAAAGCAUCUUAACAAAGUUGAUUCAUAGUUACGAAAAGGUCUCUCGACACAUAGAGCUUUCUUCUGAACAGACCGCAGAGCGUAAGAGUUCGUUUAUUUACGAAAUGCUGCUGGCAUUGGCAUCACCACAAGAAGACAUUCCAACGCCGGAGAAAACUGAAAAGGAAGAGAAGUUGAAGGAAAGAACAACAAGAAACUACAGAGGUACAUGCUGA